AUGACAACUAAUUUGCCAACAGUUUAUGAUGGAGGGAUAUUAUUAGAGAGACGAGCAAAUGAGAUGAACUUUUCAUCGAAUCAGGAAGAUGCUGGCUAUAUGGAGGAUUCUGAUAGCCCAAAUUCUUCUGAUAUAGAUCUGGAAAUUACCAAUGAUGGCUACUCUUACGAGCCAGCACCACAACAAAAAAAACAAAGGAAGAAAGAAGUUCAUAGUGUGGUGAGUUGGGAUGAUAAAUUACGGCGGACUCAAGAUUAUAAUAAUGCAAAGAAGGAUGAGCCAUCACAGGAGCGGAUUAAAUUAAUGGUUGAAUUAUUGAUGGAUGGAAAGUAUGGCCUCAUGAACGAUUUAAAUUUGGAUUCUUUCACUUCAGAAAGAAAUAGAGAACAGGGGAUUCAUGGCCAAAUUGAAAAGCUUGAUGACAGCUUAAACUUGGAUAAACAUUUUUCUCUUGAUGGUGGUUCUCUUCGUAAGAAACUGCUCAAUAAAGAAAGAGAUCGUCUUUUACAGACAAAGAAAAGAGCGAACAGUAUUAGAACUUACUUAGAAUAUUAUUAUUCGUUAAUGGAAAUAUUUAUAAAUUCCCAUGAAUCUGAUACUGAACAAACUCGUAAUAACAAUCCUCUGACUAGAACUUUAUCGAGAUCUGCAUCAACAUCUGCACAGAUCAUUUCCCAUCCCCAUGUCGAAGGGGUUUACAAUCCUUUACAAAUUAUCAGAGACCGAAGAUUGAGAAAGAGAGAUCGUGCAGAUUUACCCAUGUCCAUCUUCUUUAAGAAUCCACCAAUGAUUCCAAUCUUGGAAUUCUCCAAACAAAAUCAAUAUAGUAAGUCACAAGAACAACAGGACAACUAUUGGUUUGUAGACAUAAAUGAGAAAUCAUCUGAGUUGUUAUGGAGAUCUAGCCAUUGGGAUGAAUUGCUAGAUCCCUUAUAUAAGCCGUGGUUUACAAUGAACAAGAAAAAUAUGUUCAAUAAUUUUGAAUUUUCCACUCCUACUUCUAAUGGUACAAACACUAUGCAAAUUACGCCAACUACACUAGCACCCAAUAGUAAUGUAAAUGGCGAACCUCAAGAAAAUAGUAGCACUCUACUACCAAGAGAUGAUGCCACCACAACAACAUUCAGUAUAGAAUCUGGAAAAACAAAUUCAACUUCUACUCCAAUUAUUAAUGUUGAAGACUCAACUAACUCUGCUCAAAAUAAAAGAGAGAGAAAAGCUUUAAAUGAUAGAUUACCGCCUGUAUUUGAAUUAUCUUCUCCAAUAGCCUCCAAUGAUCUUUCUGCAUUGCCUGAAGGGCUUCUCUUAGAGGAAGAUAAUUUAUCCACCCAUAUAGGUUUAAUUCCAACAAAUCUUUCUGUUAAUAAUGCUUCUGGUUUUGCCGACAAUCUCACAAUUGAUGAUACAGCCAGAAGUUUUGAUACAACUAUAAGCCCAAAUGAAAGUAUUACACCAAGUACAGUAAGUACCAGGGGUAACAACUAUAGGUAUCCUUCUGUAGCCACAAAUAUCUCAGGAAGUACUAAACAAGCAAGACUUUUAAAUUCCAAAAAAAAUAAAAAUAAAAUAGAAGAUAAGGCUUUGUUAAGUCCCCCAAACUCAAAAACAAAAGAUCCAAAGUCACUUAAUAAUAGUACCACUAGUAUUGAUAAUAGUAACUCCAACAGUUUGAAUUCUCAAGAUUUUAAAAAAUUAGAAAAGUUGUUUAAAAAGGCUUCAAAAAAUUCUAAAUCAAUGAAUAUGAGUAAAAGCAACACAAUAAAAGACACUACUAAUUCUAUUGCUACCACACCACCUAUAAUAAAUACUAAAACUAAUAAUAACAUUCAUGAUCAUUUAAGUAGUAAAUCCAAGACAAAAAAGAAAAAAAAAGGGAGAAAGAGAAAGACAAGAAAGAUAAAAAGAAGCAUAAGAAGGAUAAAAAAGAUAAAAAAGAUAAAAAAGAUAAAAAAGAUAAAAAAGAUAAAAAACAUAAAUCUAAUUGCUUCAAUGGACCGUACUUUGACAAGUAGAACAUAUGCUGCGUCUCCAAUUUUUAAAAAUUACAAGGCUACUAGAAAAACAGAUAACGACUAUUUAACUCCACCACAGUCAACAUCAUUCCGUGCAAUUCACGCAGCUGCAGCAGCAGCAGCAGCAGCAGCAGCAAGGGCAGCCCAUUCUUCCCGUGACUAUAUAUCCGCUUCAGAAUAUAGUAGCGUUUCACAAACUAAUAAUGAUGAUGAAUUGCCAAUUGCUAAAUAUGAGAUCGAUGCUGAUUUAGUUAAUAAUUGGAGACAACUUCGAAAUAUAUCAGCUACUCUAUAUGUCAUGAAUCACAGAAGAGUUGCGUUUAAUUCUUUGAAGAGAAAAAAGUUACAAAAGAGAAAUAAAUAUCAUAUUGAUCAAAACAUUGAUGGGUUUAUAGAUGAUACUUACGCUGUGAUUAACAAAUAUAACCAAAAAUUAACUCAGGUUAUCGUGAAUGCAAAUGAUUGGACUACAGGCUGGAUAAAUCAAAAUAUUGUGAAAGUUGAAAAUUUAUUAGCUGCUACUGAUAGAAUAUUGACCGAUAUCAAUACUUCCUUGACUUUGAAGUUGAAACUCUAUCAAGAGAGGAAUGAAAGGUAUUAUAAUGAAAAGUUAUUACAAGGCCAGAGAAUUUGGAAGUUAUUUUACAAAAUAUUAGAGAUUAUCAUAAUAGGCUUCUUAUGGACAGUCUGGUUCCUUGUUCACAUCUUGAAGUACUGUGGAAAUAUACUGGAAUUAAUUAAAUGGUUAUUAUGGUGA